AAAACAGCAAGGGCAGCGGAAAGUCACGCCUGAUUUUUGGUUUCCACCCGUUCGCGAUUGUGGCCUCGCUGUCACUGCUGGGGUCGGGCUACAUGAUGAUCAUCAAGCCGUACCUGGAGUGGAACGAGAAGCAGAAGAAGGAACGUGACGAGAAGCAAGCGAAGAUCGACGGCGCGGCGUACUCCGAGGAGGAGAUCAAGCAGUUCCCGUUCGACAAGAAGACAAUUGUGUUUGUGCUCGGUGGACCUGGAUCGGGCAAGGGCACGAACUCGGAGAAGCUCGUGGAUGACUUUGGAUUCGUGCAUUUGUCGGCUGGCGACUUGCUGCGCGCCGAGCAGAAGCGGCCGGUGUCUCAGUAUGGCGAUCUGAUUGCGUACUAUAUCAAGGAGGGCCUCAUUGUUCCCCACGAGAUCACAAUCGGGCUGCUGCGCAACGCCAUGAUGGACCACCCUGAGAGCGACCGGUUCCUGAUUGACGGAUUCCCGCGCAACCUGGUGCAGGCCAAGGCGUUUGAGGACACAGUUUGCAAGGCUAAGAAGGUGCUGUACUUUGAGUGCCCCGAGUCCGUGCUGCUGGAGCGUUUGUUGAACCGCGGAAAGACCAGCGGCCGCUCCGAUGACAACAUCGAGUCAAUCAAGAAGCGCUUCAAGACGUAUUUCAACGACAGCAUGCCAGUCAUCACCGAGUACGCUAAGGAGGGCAAGGUCAUCACUGUGUCAUGCAAGGGCACUAUGGACAGUGUGUACAAGAACACGUACGACCAGGUCGAGCAGUUCUUCAAGGGUAUCGGCCAGGAGGCCCGCCCCAAGAGCCAGUAAGCGAAAUUUAUAUAUUUGACCAUAAGCACGUUUUCUAGUAGAAUGAGUAGCUCCUGUCAGAUUUCCCGUCGG